AUGGCAGCGAAGCUGCCGUUGUUGCUGUUGCUCAGCUCGCCGACACAAGGCGCUGCCCAUGCGCCCAGCUGUGCGAUCAACGGUGAGCACUACAUGGACGAGAAGGUAUGGAGUCCGAAUGGUGGUCUGCAGGAAGAUGCCUCAGGCUGCCAAAGAGCCUGCCUUGCCGACGUCGGAUGCUCCUACUGGACCUUCUACAGCAAGACCUUCACGUGCUGGCUGAUGGGGCCUCAUGCCACCCUGGGAACCAUUCCCGACAGCACCGCGACCAGUGGCCCGAAGAGCUGCAAUGCGAAAGAGGUGCCACAAGUGCAGCGCUCUGCCGCGCCCGCGACGGCAAUCACUGGAGGUCAAAAUGCGACGCUGCAAGAUGCUCUGCGAGAGAUUCAGCACAGUGGGACACUGGCAAUGCAGCGUCUGGAUGACCAAGUAGCGCCGACGGCACCUCUGCGAAGCGCUCUGGAGCGGCUCCAACUGAUGCCUGAAUCCACAAGAAGUUUCGAAGGCUUGCCUUGGUUCAUUGCAAUUACGGCGCUCCUCAGCACUGCGGUCAUUGGCACUGCUGUCUGGUUCUGCAGGAAUCAAGGCGAAGGAUCCGAUCAGCCCGUCGAGGAAAGCUGGGAUGAGGAGUCCCUAGUGGAACUCCCACGACUUCAGCCACCAGGGCCGUCUGCCCCGAGACCCAGCGGACCUCGUGUGCAUGCCCUGGAUUACGUAAUGCGUGCUGGGCAUGGGCAGCCGAUUCUGAUGGCAGCGCCUUCUGGCCCCACAAACCAGAUCAACGCAAACUUCGUAUGA